ACCGAGAUGCAUGUUGGGAGUUGUAGUCCGGGGCAGUUCCUCACUUCCUCUUCAUUCUUGAGGAAACUUUUAGGUGUUUUGGGAAAGUUUACCGGUUUAAUCUUUACCUGGAGCUUCUUCACCGCUCAGCCUCCUCUUACCUGCACCAGAUGUCUAUGUCGAGCGCCCCCAGCAGGCCGAUCACCGCCGUGGCCUGGGCCUCCAGCACCACCACCUGCCCCGGCCAGUUCACCCUGAUCAGCAUGACUGAAGAUGGAACUGCUGCCAACUUUACCAGGGGCUUCGGCCUAAAAUCAGGAUACUACCUGUGUUACAGCAAGGAUCUGUCUGGGGGAAUGGUGGUGUCUGAUGUUCAGGUGAUCUCUGAUAAAGACACGAUUCCUCACGGAUACUGCUACAUCCCCGAAUUCAUGGAGCCCAAGGCCUCCGUAUGGAAGAAGAAGCGAGUGUGUGUGCGUAUGGUUCCUGUGGACAGCGUGUCAACUGCCGUUCUGGACAUCCGACUGACCACCAAGAGUAAAAUGAUGCUACAGCAGUACACCUGCCUGGGGGAUAUGCUUGGUUAUGUACUUUGGUAUAUGAAGGGUACAUUCUCCACUCCACCCCAGGCUAAGCCUCGGAGUAUCAGCCUGGAUAUGCGAAAACUCUCUUUUGAUGCUGCUGGACCUCCCCUGCCUCUCAGACCCAGUAACCCACCUCCAGCUCCGCCCAAGAUCAGCCACCGCCGCAGCACCUUAAAGGAGAAGGAGAGCAAAGACGACUCCGGACAUGACAGUCUCAACGUCUACGGGAUCACAGCGAUGGAUGGAGUUCCAUUUGUUCUGCACCCGAAGUUUCAGACUCAGUCUAACGGAAAGGUGUCGGUGGUAAAGUUGGAUGAUAUCUGUAUUAAAUCUGUGCAGGAUAUAGAAAACGAGUAUCACUACACUUUCACAGUGGAGGAGCUGGCUGCCAAGCGUUCCCGCCCAGGGAUGACAUCAAACUCAUAAGCCCCGCCCUCUCUUUCCUUCAUUUAAAGGGGACCAAUAGAAUCAGUCUGGAUAUUUGAUGUUUGAUGUGUUUUUUUGUUGUUGCCUAAACUAUCAAAGUUAAUCUGAAUACAGUAAAUACACAAAAGAAUGUCUGAACAUCACUGAAGCACUCCUUAUAACUUCACCGUGGGAGUGGGUGGAGCCUAACUACAGGGCGCUAAAUAUGCUGAUAUAUAUCAAUGGAAAAUAUUUAACACUGAAUGUUUAUCAGCAUUUGAACAGUAUGUUUCCCAACGUUAGCUACUUUUACAUGCUAAUUUAUAUGUUAAAAAAUAAUGUAAACUUACAUUUUAUAUAAUAAAAGUCCUUUAAAUUGUGCCGCUAUACUGAGGAAUCCCGCUGGUGGUGAUGUCUUAAGUCUCUGUUACGCCGCUCUGAGAUCCCCACAGUCUAUAGAUCUAUAGAGUUUAUAGAAUAACACUAAAGUUCUACAGAUAAAAUGAUCUUCAGCUUCUCAGAGCUCAGGAAAUCUAAUGUACUCUGAAAUUAAAAAAGCUUUAAUAUCCGACUUCACACACACAUAUAUAUACAUAUUAUAAAUGUUUUAUUCUUAUUUUUUGCAUUUAGACUGAAGGGUAAGGGUUGAACUUUAACGCAAUAUAAGUUUGUAUUUUUUGGUGUAUAAUGAUGUUAAGUUGUUUAUUUAAUGUUUCUUUUUAUGUUUGUAAUUGUAUUCAAUCUGGGACCAAACUAUAUGUGUAUAUUUAUCAUUUUUUGGGGAGGGAGUGUUUCUAUUGGUCAAUUUUUUUAAAUAAACUGUUUUUUUGGAAAACGUUUGACAAAAUAUAAAAUAAUGCUGCAAAAUAUUUACUUUAAUACAUAUUGCAAAAAAACUUUUAAUCUGUAAUAUAAAACUGACAGUUGUUCUAUGCAUUUUUUCGGAGUUCCAUUAUGAAUAGACCAAUAGAAACACUCCAAAAUAACUUGAAAUAAAAUCUUUUUACAUAGUUUUUUUUUUGCUCUUUCUGUAAAGUUUUAAAAAGGCACUAACCCUCCUGAUUUUAUCUGACUCCACCGUCAUCUUAAAUUUAAAAAAAGGCUAGAAAAUGGAAGGAUUAGUUUGGUAGAUGGGGUGAUGUAUGGGUUUAGGGGCGGGGCAGAAGGGCUGAUUGAGCUGAGCAGUGUGCCUCUGAUAGCUGUGAGAGGGGGCGGGAUUAUUGAUUGAUUGAUUUGCAUAUUAUGACCUCAUCCAUGCCUAUAGCACAGUUGAAAUUACCACAAUAAAAGCUUUUUUAAAGGUUAUGAAAUGUUUAUAAAGACUUUUAGCAGGAUUGGUAUGUUUAAUUAAUUCAGAAUAACACAUUCCAGCUAUUAAUAAAAAGAAUAUGGUUUAGGGUUUAGUGCCUUUUUAAAAGAUACAUCUAAAUACAGUUUAUUUACUAUUUAUUAUUGGAAAAAAAUAACAUGUAAAACUUUUAUACUGAUGUCUAAAAUGUGCAGAAAAUGUCAUGUUUACUUGAUUUUAUUGCGUUUUUUACAAUCAGAAUAUUAUUAAAAUGUGACAUUAGAACACA